GCGCGGGGGCAGGGAGCGAGGCCGGCCGCGGAGCGCAGCCCGGGACACGCCGCCCCCGCGCAGUAUAAAAAAGAUCCAAAGAAAUCACAGACGAUGGCUUCUGAUGCUAGUCAUGCGCUGGAGGCAGCUUUGGAGCAGAUGGAUGACAUCAUUGCAGGUACCAAGUCAGCUACAGAGUACUCUAAUGGUGGUUAUGACAUUGUAUCACCUGCUCCAUCAGUAUAUUUGGACACAUUUCAAAUUUUGCAUCUCCUGGAAGAUCUAAAGAUGGCAUUGGAAAUGCUAGAGGACCCUCAAGAGAAAGAAGCAUUGCGAAAUCAAAUUCCAGGGGCCACAGCAAUGUGUAUACGGGAAUGGUUUGAAGAGAAUCUGUCACAGGCGAAUCAUCAUUCAUCUAAUAAUGAAACUUAUCAAGAAAGAUUGGCACGAUUAGAAGGUGAUAAAGAGUCGCUCAUACUUCAGGUGAGUGUUCUUACAGACCAGGUGGAAGCUCAAGGAGAGAAAAUCCGGGACUUGGAAAUCUGUCUUGAGGGGCAUCAGUUGAAACUGAAUGCUACAGAAGAAAUGCUUCAACAGGAGCUGCUAAGUCGAACAUCACUAGAGACUCAGAAGUUAGAUCUAAUGGCUGAAGUUUCAGACCUGAAGAUUAAGCUGGUUGGUAUGGAAAAGGAACAGAGUGAAUAUGAAGAGAAACAGAACAAAGCAGAGGGUUUGCUGCAGGAACUUAGACACCUCAAAAUUAAAGUGGAAGAACUGGAAAAUGAAAGAAAUCAAUAUGAAUGGAAAUUAAAAGCGACUAAAGCUGAGAUAGCCCAGCUGCAAGAGCAGUUAGCUCUCAAAGAUGCAGAAAUAGAACGCUUACAAUGUCAGCUGUCUAGGACCUCAUCACAUAGUGAAGUGGCAGAAAGAGAGGAAGUUUAUAAGAGAAGGCUAAAAGAAAAACAUCAGGAAGUUCAACGGUUGAAGAUAGGGAUGGAAUCAUUACUGGCUGCAAACGAAGAAAAGGACCGUCGAAUAGAGGAGUUAACGCUAUUGCUAAGCCAGUACAGGAGGGUCAAAGAGAUAAUGAUUGCGGCUCACGGCAGUACAAAAAAAACAGAGUCAAAUCUGUCUGGAGCUUUAGUUACAACACUACUAUUCAGCAAGACUUCUGCGACUGAAUCUUAUGCUCGACUCCGCUCUUCUGUCUCUGGUGGCAGUGAAGAUGAACUUGAGACAACUUUAAGGAAGUGGACUCUUUUGAAUAAUCCUCAUGGAGACUUAAUUAAAACAGAGGCCUCUUCAGGAGAAUUGUCACCAGCUGUGCUCUCUCCAGUGUCACACAAAGCUAAGGAAAUCAGUGGAAGCAUUCCAGUAUCUUCAACUAAUUCAACCUCUCCGCAAGAAGAAUCUUCAGAAACCGUGAACAGGGUUGCCCAGAAAAAAAAGUCAAGUAGUUUGGAAGACUUGCAGAGUGAAUCCCUGGAAAAGUAUGUAGACGGAAAACCAGUUCAGCCUGUUGUAGAACAAGAGAGUAAGCCACUGGUGAAAAGCAGCAAGUACCAAACGUUGCCAGGAAAGCUGCCUCGGCCCUUGCAGAACGGCGAGCAGGGAGCGCAGCCCUCCGCAGACGGGACGGGCACCGGCGGCAGCGAGGGCAGCAGCAGCCCCAGCCUCAGAGAAACAGAGAAUAUGGAUAGUACAGUAGUCUCGGAUGACCUUUCACCCUUUUCUUCGGGAACGGAUUCGAGUGCGCAGUCUCCACUGUCUCCAGAAAACAGAAAGAGUCCAAAAGGGAUAAGGAAAAUCUGGGGAAAAAUAAGAAGAACUCAGUCAGGUAACUUCCCUGCAGACGACCUGGGUCUGGCAGAGUUUCGAAGAGGUGGUCUCCGUGCGACAGCCGGGCCGCGCUUAUCCCGAUCGAAGGAAACCAAAGGCCAGAAAAGUGACUACAAUGCCCCCUUUGCUCAGUGGAGCACGGAAAGAGUUUGUAACUGGCUCGAGGACUUUGGUCUCAGUCAGUACGUCAUUUUUGCCCGGCAGUGGGUGACCUCAGGCCAUACGCUGUUAACUGCGACACCUCAGGACAUGGAAAAGGAAAUGGGAAUAAAGCAUCCACUGCACAGGAAGAAAUUAGUGUUGGCCAUUAAAUCGAUAAAUGCAAAGCAAGAUGAGAAGUCUGCACAACUUGAUCACAUCUGGGUGACACGGUGGCUUGAUGAUAUCGGUCUACCUCAGUACAAAGACCAGUUUCAUGAAUCCAGAGUGGAUGGGAGGAUGUUGCAGUACCUAACUGUGAAUGACCUUCUUUUCCUGAAAGUCACCAGCCAGCUGCAUCACCUGAGUAUUAAAUGUGCCAUUCAUGUGCUGCAUGUCAAUGGUUUUAACCCCAACUGUCUACGCAGGAGACCAGCUGAGGAGAACAUUUCACCUUCUGAAGUGGUGCAGUGGUCCAACCACCGUGUGAUGGAAUGGCUGCGCUCGGUCGAUUUGGCAGAGUACGCGCCCAACCUGAGAGGCAGCGGUGUCCACGGGGGCCUCAUUAUGCUGGAACCUCGGUUCAAUGGCGACACGCUGGCCAUGCUGCUGAACAUUCCCCCUCAGAAGACCCUGCUGCGACGCCACCUCACCACCAAUUUUAACGUAUUAAUCGGACCAGAGGCACAACAAGAAAAAAGGGAAAUAACGGAGUCGACAGCAUACAGCCCUCUGACUACCACUGCCAAAGUCCGGCCAAAGAAGUUGGGAUUUUCACAUUUUGGAAAUUUAAGAAAAAAGAAGUUUGAUGAAUCAACAGACUACAUUUGCCCUUUGGAUACAAGCCCAGCUGCUGCCAACGGUGCUCAGAAAAACUACAGUGGAUACAAAGGCCUGAGUCCACUGACUGACAGGGAACUGGAUCAGAUGGAACAUUCAGAAGGCACAGUAAUGCAAAUAGGGGCUCUUUCUCAAGGCAUAAGCCAUCUUACGGUACGUACUCUUUUCACUCAUGUUUUGAAAUCACAAGUGUAUCCUGCUAGAAUCCAGCAAAAGCUGCUCAUUGCUGGCGGUAGUUAAGUGUGGUCACUCUUUUUAAAUACCUCUCUAUAGCCUGGCUGCACAUUCACAGUCAAAAAAAAUACCCUGCUUCGAAAUUCCAUGAGAAACUUAAGUUUCAUUUAGGCCUAUUUUAAGUUUUCAUGAACUCUGCUAUGUCUGACCCAAUGACAGAUAUUCCUGCCUUUACAUGAGUAGUUCUUCAAAGAUUUUGCAAGUAACCACCAUCUAAUGCCUCAGUCACAGCAAAGUCUAGCAAAGACAGACUUGAAAGUGUACAUAGCUAAAACUAUGAAAAGCAAACAACUAUAAAGUCCUGACCCCACAGCAGCUAACUUUUGACUAAUAAGUUGGCUGAAAGGUACAACAAAUAACAACGUAACAUGGUUGAGUCACAUGCCAAACACCAGACUGAAUGAGAAUUUCCUCAAGUAAAUACCAGUUUGUUUAAAGUUGCAUUCAAGAAAUUCCUUUAAAUUUGAUGUGGCUCUAACACCCUCUGUUGUGAAUCUGAUCUCAUUACAGUUGCAUUUCUUUAACUAAAGGCUUCUAACUGAACGUGCCGACUCGUUCACAUCUUGUUUUUCCAGACAAUGUUAAGCCAAGAUGAAAUGCUGAAUGACAGCAGAUUUUUAACACCUACCUUUGAAGACUGGAGAUGAUGUUUCAACGUGACCAAGAACACUAAUAAUACCUCAUGCCUGUCCAGAGGGGUGGCCAGAAGAAGCUUGAUGCUAUGGUGCAGAAAAGCUUCAUCUCUUUUCUGUCAGUGAGACUUACCACAUAGCAUUAAUAGUGUUGGUGUAGCACAGCCUUACAGGUAACCCUCCUCCAUGCUACCUUCCAUAUUGCAUGAUGGAAAUAGAUGGUGACAGAAGGGGAACUCAGACGUGGAGUCUGGAAAGGCUGGCAACAUGUUUUACCUGUUUAUUCAGUCAUCUUUUACUGGUAUACGAAAGAUCUUUUGUAGAUUGUUAUUUUUAUAUCUAACCUGUAAUGCAGGAAUUAUUAAUGCUCUGUUGUACCACGGAGCCUCAUCAGAGCCACCUAGAAAUGUGGAGGGGUGCUGGUGAGGGCAGCGGUAAUGGGGUACGAACCAUGACUGCAGGUUGGCCAGAGACUUGUUUCCCACAAAAGGAUUUUACUGUCUCAUCCCUUUCACUCACACGUGUCCUGCCCUCUUUUUAUGUACAUAAGUGCAGCAUAGAAUGGGAAGAGUGGAACAUGAUGCUGUCCGACAAGCCCUUGCUUUUACUGGGAGGACAACAAUCAAGCAGGAUGGAAGGUUCACAGAUCUUUACCUAACUAAAAACGAUGCUGAACAACAGGAAAUGUUACUUUGAGACUACCAGAAAAACUGAGGGGACUCAAAGCUGGUGCAUUUCAAUGAUAGGUUUUUUUGUGUGUGAUUUGUACAUGGGCACUAAGGUGUUCGCUGUCAAACAGAAACCAUGUUUAACUAAUAUCAAGUGUAACUAAGAAUGGUGUUUGUUGGCAGUGCUCCAUAGGGUAAGUGAAACAAUUUCCAGCAUGAUCCACUGGUUUUAAAUGGGAGCUCUUUAACUGGAACUAUUGAAUGGGCUCUGUCUGUAUACUGACACUUUGGUUAGUACUGAUGCAUGUCAGGAUGAUGCUUGUAAGUCUCAGAACAGGCACAAUGGUUCCAAGUUUUCUGAGCCCUGUAGCUGGUUGGUCUGAACACAGGACUGGCUCUGUGGACAACAGGGAUGGGAAUAAGCCUCUUUUCUUUGUUUAGUUAUACCUACUGAAACAUAUGGCUGCAAACAGCCCUGAGGAACAGAGAUUACAGUAGAAACACUUUUGGAACAUUUGCAUGAGAACUGGUGAUGUUGUAAACAGUAUUGCUGUUCACUUUCAGUUCUCUUUUCAUUCCAGGUACAGAUAAGAGAUUUUCAUAGAAUACUUUAUUUAGCAAUAGGAGGCAAACAUUACUGCUCUGGGAUGUGGAAAAGGUGACAACUCUGACUCAGGCAAGUACCCUAAUAAAACACAUAUUUGUUUCUGUAGGACACCUGAUAAUAGCUCUGCUGCUCUUCUGCUGAGCUAGGCAGGACUGCAGCACUGUAACAGAGGGAAAUAACAGCCUCACACUAGCACCUUGAGGGACUGUGCAAGGGUGAAAGUGACACCUUUACAACAGCAGUUACUUGUGGCACUGGUUGACCUAUGCCUCAUAUAUUAAUAAGGUACCAACAUGAUAGCGUAGUGAACAGGGAAGUGCCAGAACUCUGCUCUGUUGUAGACACAAGAAUGACUCUGCAGUGGAUGGUCAGAUUUGAGAAGUGGAACACAUAAAUUUAUUGUCUGAAAUGGUAAAACCAAGGCAAGUAUUUUUUUUUCAGUUGCUGAACAGUGAAAUGAUAAUGGAAAAUCCAAAGGAAUGAGAAGUCCAUCAGCAAACUAAAUAUGCUUAAUAAAAGGUAUUAAAUGUACCAGUCAAGUACAUCCCCCAUCUGGCAAUUCAAUCAACACUAAUGACAAGAUCAUAUACUAUGGGCUUUUGAAAUACUUUGUCAGGUUAAUUAGCUGGCAGACUUAUUACAGCAUUACAAAUAGGUUAAGCUGCGCCCAGAGACAGCCUUCUUAUCACUGGGAUAUCCCAAGCAGAUUUCCAGAUUUGGUUUGAAGAUAUACGUAUGAUUCAGUGUGGUGUUGUGAUAACUCAGCUGUGAAUAAUCAAUCUACAGAAUUAUUGAUUUUUUUAUAUAUAUAGAUUAAAAAAUCCUAAUUAGCAUAACACUGGCAUAAAUGCUUAUUUUUUGACUGGUAUUAAUAAAUUCUGAAUGCUCCUCCAUCUCCUGCUGCCUGUAGAAUCAUUCUAACACAAACAGAUGUGGCUGAUCUCAUCAGGGCCAGAAUCACAGUUGGAAU